UGACACUUUACGCAUAUGCAUUAAGCCCAGUUUUCUCUGAACAAGGCUCAAUUAUAUAAUUCAAAAUAUGUGAACAUAGCUGAUGAAAAGCACGUGGUCUAUUUAAAGUGUUAAAUAAAAUUUCGUAUUAAAGUAUAAAACAGCUGACCAAUUAUUAAUUAAUUAUUCUUAGUUCUUAUAGAAUAUCAUUAGUCGUCCGGGAAAUAAUUCGACAGUGAUCUCAAUGUCAAUAGAUGUCCAGCACAACUGCGAUUAUAUUCACACAAAAGGCCGCACAAAGAAAAUGAAGAUCUUCCUUGUCACAAGCAUGCUGUUUGCGACAUUAGUUGGAAACGGGCAAUGCGAUUUAAGCAAUUGUCAAGGAGAGAAAACAAACUUCACGCGACCAAUUUGGGUAUUUGGAGCAGAGACACGAACAACUACAAUGUACAGAAUGGAAAAGAGAAAACCGGAUUGCUCGUUUUGGGAGGAAGUUUUGAGUUUUUUUACGGACGAAUGUGAUGAAAAGAACACAAUCGUCUCAUAUCCUAGCGUGAUUAAUGUUAAUGUCACCAGAACAGCUUAUGUUUUUGAAUGUUGCCCUGGAUACACUAAUACGAGUGGCGACUGCAGACAAGGAUGUGACAAAGGAACGUAUGGAGCAAACUGUACCUUUAAUUGCAGCUGUGCUAACAUUACUGCCUCUAAUCGAUGCGAUCAAGAUACAGGCUACUGCCUUUGCCCUCCUGGAUAUUACGGUCUUACCUGUGCAAAUGAAUGUGGAAACGGAUAUUACGGAUCAAAUUGCAGUUAUAGAUGCAUAUGUGACAAUAACGCAACAUGUGAUAAACACAACGGCAAGUGUAACUGUACUGAAACGCCUGGGUGGACAGGAACCGCGUGCGAAAAAGAAUGCAUGAACGACACAUUCGGGCGUGAUUGCGCCGAAAACUGCACGUGCAAUGAGAACCAGACAUGUGACCAUAUAGAUGGCAACUGCACUUGCAAAGAAGGACACACCGGACAGAACUGCUCUGAAGAAUGUGCAAACAUGACGUAUGGAGCGAAUUGCACCGAACAAUGCAAGUGUCAGAAAAAUACCACAAAGUCAUGUGACCGGAUGAAUGGGACAUGCACGUGCAAACCUGGUUACUGCGGCAUUUUUUGUAUGCGGGAAUGUGACCCUGGGUAUUAUGGCAACAAUUGCAGUAUGAAUUGCAGCGACAAUUGUAUCGGGACACAUUACUGUCACCACGAGACUGGAGAAUGUAUUUGUCUGGGAAAGAAAGGAAAAAACUGCACUGAAGAAUGCAAUAACGACACAUUCGGGCGUGAUUGUGCCGAUAACUGCACGUGCAAUGAGAACCAGACAUGUGACCAUGUAAAUGGCACAUGCACUUGCACAGAAGGACACACCGGACAGAACUGCUCUGAAGAAUGUGCAAACAUGACGUAUGGAGCGGAUUGCACCGAAAAAUGCAAGUGUCAGAAAAAUACCACAAAGUCAUGUGACCGGAUGAAUGGGACAUGCACAUGCAACCCUGGUUACUACGGCAUUUUUUGUAUGCAGGAAUGUGACCCUGGGUAUUAUGGCAACAAUUGCAGUAUGAAUUGCAGCGACAAUUGUAUCGGGACACAUUACUGUCACCACGAGACUGGAGUAUGUAUUUGUCUGGGAAAGAAAGGAAAAAACUGCACUGAAGCGGGGUAUGCGAAACAGAGUGCUCGAACGAAACCCACGUAA